CCGCGCCGCACUGCCGUUUUGUUUCGUCUCGUUCCGCUUGGCUUGGCUUGGCUUUCCCUCGCCCGCUCCGCCGUCAAACACCCGCGCUCUCGCUCUCGCCCACACGUGUAGGAGACCAGCACAAGAGGGAGGAAGAGCCCAGAGACAGCCGGAGAGAGCCACAGAGCGUAGCUUAGCCUCGUCGGUUUCUAUGGGGGCGGGGAAGGAGGCUCCCGGCGGCGGCGGCGUCGAGGGCGCCGCCGAGCCGCCGCCGGUCGUGCUCAGGAUGGAGUUGCAUUGCGCCGGCUGCGCCAAGAAGGUCCGCAAGAGCAUCAGGGGCAUGCCUGGUGUGCAGUCGGUGGUGGCCGACGCGGCGGCGAACAGGGUCGUGGUGGCGGGGACGGCCGACGCGGCCGCGCUCAAGGCGCGGAUCGAGUCCCGGACCAAGAAGCCCGUCGAGAUCGUCUCCUCCGGCGCCGGCCCCGGCCCGGCCAAGCCCCCCGCAGCAGCCCCCGCCCCCGCCGGGGCCGAGAAGAGCAGCCCCGACAAGGAGGGCGACAAGGAGAAUCCCGACAAGGGCGGCGGCGGAGCCGACAAGGGGGAUAAGGCCGGCGCCUCCAAGCCGCAGCCGCCCAAAGAGGAGGAAGACGCGGCCAAGAAGCAACCGCCCACCCACGCCGAGGAGAAGAAGCCCGCCGCGGAGCUCCAGGAGUCCACGGUGCUGCUCCGGAUCCGCCUCCACUGCGACGGCUGUGCCGACCGCAUCAGACGCCGAAUCUACAAAAUCAAAGGGGUCAAGGAAGUGGUGCUGGAGGGCAAUGCCAAGGACGAGGUGAAGGUCACGGGCACCAUGGACGUCGCCGCCAUGGUGGCCUACCUCACCGAGAAGCUCAACCGCGCCGUCGAGGCCGUCGCGCCCGGCAACAAGGACAAGGGCGGCGGCGACGAGAAGAAGGACAACAAAAGCGCCAGCGACGGCGAGAAGAAGAUGGACAAAGCGGCGGGCGGCGACCACGUCGUCAUGAGCCAGGACAAGGGGAAAGGCAUCGAGGUGGCGGGCCCGUCCAUGGCAUCCGCCGCAGCAUCCAUGGCGCCCGCGCCCGUCCAGGCGAGGACGCACCACGUCUCGCCGUACGGCCAAGUCCCGUACCUGCAGCCGCAGGGCCCCCCGCCCAGCUACUACAGCCCCUACGGCGGCAAUGCCGACGGCGCGGGGUACACCGGCGCCGGCGGGUACUACCAACAACAACAGCAUCCCGGCGGCUACUACCAACAACAACAGCACCCCGGCGGCUACUACCAGCAGCAGCACCCGGGCGCCGACGCCGGCGGGUACUACCAGCAGCCACGAGAGGCCGGCGGGUACUACCAGCAGGAUAAUCCCAACCCCCAGGGGGCGUACCCGCCGCCCUACCACUUCGACACGGCGCCGCCCCCGCAGAUGUUCAGCGACGAGAACCCCAACUCGUGCUCCGUCAUGUGACGUGACUUGACCCGCCGCCCGAGAAACUUUCUUCAUCAGCGCCGACGACGACGGCCGGCCGGCCGGGAGAGAAGAACAAUGCUGACGUAGCAGCCGACAGCGACGAGGCUCCGCUGUACAACUAUAGCUUAGCUUAGCCCUAGCAGUCACGCGGAUCGGGGGCAGCCGUCCAUGCACCGAUGCGUGCCUCGGAUCAAAUUUUGGUUUCCCCUGCCGCCCCGAUCGACCAUUGUUUUCCCCCACGAGCUCCAUUGGUUAAUUAAUUAAUUUGAAUUUAA